AUGCUCGCUGCCCGCGUUGUGAAUGGCAUUGCUACAGCGACGAGUGAGACACUUUUGGUACAAGUUAUCGCAGAUAUGCUCUUUCUCCAUGAAAGGGGUCUUUGGACCGGCGUUUACUUCAUGGGCUACUUCCUCGGCCUGUUCAUUGGGCCUGUCAUUUCCGGUAAUAUUGCGCAAAAAUACGGCUGGCGUAGCUUCUUCUGGCUUUCUCUAGCGCUGACUUGCUUCAACUUGAUCACCCUCUUGAUCUGCUUCCCUGAAACCCGAUUCCGCAGGGAUUCAGUUUUGGAGGGCUCGGAGCUCAGAGCAACCAGCUCACCCAGCCAAAAUAUCAAGCAAACAAGCCAAGAGGUAGAAUCCGAACAACUAGAGAAUAUCGAGCGAGCCAAUACCGUUAGUAGCGGGCGGCCCUCUAGGUCCCAGUUCAAACUCUGGCAAGCCCCAGAAGCAGAAUGGAAGGCAAUUCUUCUCCGGGAUAUCAUCUCGCCAUUCCGCCUGUUUUUCUUUCCUAUCAUCCUCUGGGCGGCUCUGAACGUCGCCGGACCAGCCAAUCUCCUCCUUUUCUGGAACCUCACAGAAUCUUCUGUCCUCAGCGCACCUCCAUAUAAUUUCUCGCCAUCCAGCGUAGGAUAUGCGAAUUUUGCGUUUGUCGUUGGCGGCUUGGUUGGACUUGCUACCGCGGGCCCGUUUUCAGAUUGGGUUGCUGUGCGCGCCACAAAGCGCAACAAUGGCAUUCGAGAAGCAGAGAUGCGGUUGCCAGCUCUUAUUCCCUAUUUCAUGUUUACUGUUGUUGGAAUUGUGAUUGGUGGCGUGGGCUAUGAUCGGCUGUGGGAUUGGCCUGUGGUCCUGGUUGUUGGGUAUGGCUUCAGUGGGCUUUGCGUGACGACUGUUCCUACAAUCGCCAUUGCAUAUGCUGUUGAUUGCUACAAACCAAUUUCUGGGGAGAUCAUGGUUGUUGCAACUGUGAUCAAGAAUACUUGUGGUUUUGCGAUGAGCUAUUGGGUUAUGCCGAUGGCAGCGCGAAGGGGGUUUUUGGCGCCUGCCAUGGUUGAGUUUGCGCUGACGAUAGGCCCAAUGGUCCUAGGGCUUCCGAUUUAUUUCUUUGGGAAGCGCCUCCGUAGGCUGACAAGGCAUUCAAGUGUACAUUCUUAUGCGGAUUGA